AUGGCAGAAAACUGCCAUAGCGAGGAGACCCUCAAUCCUAGCGCACCUGGAAACAUCACAGACUAUUCAGCUGAUUCGCUUGCUACGUCUACUGCGAUGACCGCCGAAAGAACUUACUACCAUUGCGGUAAUUUCUUCAUCAAACGAGGCCUCCGGCCGAGCGAAUACAAGACCACAAUUCGAGGCACAAAACACAUCCCCCGACUGGGGAAAGAACGACUCCAAAACGAGGCCGCGGCGUUGCGUUUUAUUCGACGAGUUAGCAACAUCCCUGUUCCAACUUUGUACGGUGCUUUCGACGUCGACGACUCGUUCAUAGUAAUCACAGAGCACAUUGACGGCGUGUCUAUGUCAGAUCUAUCGGAUGAUCAAAAAAGCGUCGUCCGUUCCGAAGUCGGGCAGUACCUAUCCAUCCUCCGUGGGAUCAAAUCGGACACUAUUGGUGGCCCUUCAGGGAUAGUUCUCCCACCUUAUCGAGUGAUGCGGCUCUCGGACAAAAAUGAAUGGCCACAGAAAGUAUCCAAAGAUAGUGAAUAUGUCUUCUGCCACAACGAUCUUGCCCAGCAUAAUAUUAUUGUCGAUCCCCAAACAUUGAAAAUCCGGGCUAUUAUCGACUGGGAAUACGCCGGGUUCUUUCCUGAACACUUUGAGUGGUCUUUCUACGAAAGACGAGGCCCGUCGGUAGCGCUCGAGGGUGAACAUGAUGAUUCCGCAGAGUUGCUGCAAUUUAUGGAGGAUCAGUGUGUCUAG